ACGUGUGUCACUUUUGACCAGGAAAGGAGCAGCGGGGCAGAAGAAGUCACUGCUUUAGUGGGAGCAGCACCUCUCCUCACAGGCAUCCCCGAACCAGCCGAGUCUGGACCCCCGCGGCCUCGUCUCUUUCUCCUCCAACUGUUGACCGUGCGUCGUGGCAAGCCCACGGAUCGCAAACUGUAAAAGGUGCAGACACUCGACAAGUACAAAAAAAGUUAAUUCGUCAAAGGGAUAACGAAAAGGGACAGACGGAGACGGCAAAAUGACGACAGUCAUUGAAACCCAACAACAUUACGAGACCUACAUGACGUCUGCGACGGGAGACUACAUGGGUCAGGAAGAUGACUGGGACAGGGAUCUCCUGUUGGACCCCGCCUGGGAGAAGCAGCAGAGAAAGACAUUCACAGCAUGGUGUAACUCCCAUCUGCGUAAGGCUGGCACGCAGAUCGAGAACAUCGAGGAGGACUUCAGAAAUGGCCUCAAGCUUAUGCUGCUCUUGGAGGUCAUCUCAGGUGAGAGACUGCCCAAGCCUGACAAGGGUAAGAUGCGCUUCCACAAGAUCGCCAAUGUCAACAAAGCUCUGGACUACAUCUGCAGCAAGGGGGUUAAACUGGUGUCCAUUGGUGCUGAGGAAAUUGUGGACGGAAAUGUGAAGAUGACUCUGGGUAUGAUCUGGACAAUCAUUCUGCGUUUCGCCAUCCAGGACAUCUCUGUGGAGGAGACCUCUGCCAAAGAGGGUCUCCUUCUGUGGUGCCAGAGGAAGACUGCCCCCUACAGGAAUGUCAAUGUACAGAACUUCCACAUCAGUUGGAAGGAUGGUCUGGCUCUGUGUGCCCUCAUCCACAGGCACAGACCUGACCUCAUUGACUACUCCAAACUGAGAAAGGAUGACCCCAUUGGAAACCUAAACACUGCCUUUGAGGUCGCUGAGAAGUAUCUGGACAUCCCCAAGAUGUUGGACGCUGAGGAUAUUGUGAACACCCCCAAACCUGAUGAGAAGGCUAUUAUGACCUAUGUGUCCUGCUUCUACCAUGCUUUUGCUGGUGCUGAGCAGGCUGAGACUGCAGCCAACAGGAUCUGUAAGGUUCUGGCUGUGAACCAGGAGAAUGAGAGACUCAUGGAGGAGUAUGAGAAACUGGCCAGUGAGCUGCUGGAGUGGAUCCGCCGCACCAUCCCCUGGCUGGAGAACCGCGUGGCUGAGCAGACCAUGCGCGCCAUGCAACAGAAGCUGGAGGACUUCCGCGACUACCGCCGCGUGCACAAGCCACCCCGCGUGCAGGAGAAGUGCCAGCUGGAGAUCAACUUCAACACGCUGCAGACCAAGCUGCGCCUCAGCAACCGCCCCGCCUUCAUGCCCUCCGAGGGCAAGAUGGUGUCGGACAUUGCUAACGCCUGGAAGGGCCUGGAACAGGUGGAGAAGGGCUAUGAAGAGUGGCUCCUCACCGAGAUCCGCCGCUUGGAAAGACUCGACCACCUGGCUGAGAAGUUCAAGCAGAAGUGCUCUCUCCAUGAGAGCUGGACUGGAGGUAAGGAGGGCCUGCUCUCCCAGAAGGACUAUGAGUCGGCAUCUCUGAUGGAGAUCCGCGCUCUGAUGAGGAAGCACGAGGCCUUUGAGAGUGACCUGGCCGCCCACCAGGACCGUGUGGAGCAGAUUGCCGCCAUUGCCCAGGAGCUCAAUGAGCUGGACUACCACGAUGCUUCCACAGUUAAUGCCCGCUGCCAGGCUAUCUGUGACCAGUGGGACAACCUGGGCACUCUGACCCAGAAGAGGAGGGACUCUCUGGAGCGUGUGGAGAAGUUGUGGGAGACCAUUGACCAGCUGUACCUGGAGUUCGCCAAGAGGGCGGCGCCCUUCAACAACUGGAUGGAUGGAGCUAUGGAGGAUCUGCAGGAUAUGUUCAUCGUGCACAGCAUUGAGGAGAUUCAGAGCCUGAUCACGGCCCAUGACCAGUUCAAGGCCACUCUGCCUGAGGCCGAUAAGGAGCGCAUGGCCACCAUGGGUAUCCACACCGAGGUGAUGAAGAUCGCCCAGACCUAUGGCAUCAAGCUCAGUGGCGUCAACCCCUACACCAACCUCUCGCCACAGGACAUUACCAACAAGUGGGAGAUGGUGAAGCAGCUGGUUCCCCUCAGAGACCAAAUGCUGCAGGAGGAGGUUGCCAGGCAACAGGCCAACGAGAGGCUGAGGAGGCAGUUUGCUGCGCAGGCCAACAUCAUCGGACCCUGGAUCCAAACCAAGAUGGAGGAGAUUGGCCAUGUGUCCAUUGACAUUGCCGGCUCUCUGGAGGAACAGAUGAACAACCUGAAGACCUACGAGCAGAACAUCAUCAACUACAAGUCCAACAUCGACAAGCUGGAGGGAGACCACCAGCUCAUCCAGGAGGCUCUCAUCUUCGACAACAAGCACACCAACUACACCAUGGAGCACAUCCGUGUGGGCUGGGAGCAGCUGCUCACCACCAUCGCCCGCACCAUCAACGAGGUGGAGAACCAGAUCCUGACCCGCGACGCCAAGGGCAUCAGCCAGGAGCAGCUCAACGAGUUCAGGGCCUCCUUCAAUCACUUCGACAGGAAGAGAAACGGCAUGAUGGACCCCGACGACUUCCGUGCCUGCCUCAUCUCCAUGGGUUACGAUCUGGGUGAGGUGGAGUUUGCCCGUAUCAUGACCUUGGUGGACGCCAACAACACCGGUGUGGUCACCUUCCAGGCCUUCAUCGACUUCAUGACCCGCGAGACCGCUGAGACCGACACUGCCGAACAGGUCAUGGCCUCCUUCAAGAUCCUGGCCUCCGACAAGCCCUUCAUCACGGUUGAUGAGCUGCGCAGAGAGCUGCCCCCAGAGCAGGCCGAGUACUGCAUCAGCCGCAUGACCAAGUACAUCGGCGCCGAAGGCCCCCCAGGAGCCCUCGACUACAUCUCCUUCUCCAGCGCUCUGUACGGCGAGAGCGACUUAUAAACACCCCCCCGCUGCUUUUCCUUCUUUUCCUCUCUCACCUUCUUGUUUUCUUUCUUUCUCUUUCGCUUCCUCUUUAUCUUUCCCCUAUUUUUUUUUCCCUCUUGGCUUUCAGUCUUUUCUUUAAUCCUUUGUUUUUCCCCCCUGGCUCCUUUAGCCACCCUCGAUACCUACAGUAUUAUCCCUGUAAACCCAGAUGUCCCUAUAGCAAAAAUACAGAGCCCCCCCAACAGAGAGUGAAUGCAGAACGAUUUGGUGCAGAGGACUGUUAGAAAAUGUCCAUUUCCUCCCCCUCUUUUUCUUCUUCUUCAUCAGUCUGUCUCUCACUCUUUUUCUUUCGUUCUUUCCCCUUGUCGCUUUUGGCCAUAUCAGACAGGCAACAUCAGACCUUGAGCUACUGCCCUGCCUCUCUUCUCCUCUCUGCUUUGAGGAGUUUCCGUUUUCUAAAAAGGGAAGAAUAUACAUAUAUAUGUAUUUAAAAAUAAACAAACAAAAAAAAAUGUGUUUGCUGAGGCUGGUGUGUGUGUGUGUGUGUGUGUGUGUGUGUGUGUGUGUGUGUGUGUGUGUGUGUGUGUGUGUGUGUGUGUGUGUGUGUGUGUGAAUGAGUGUUUGUGUGCGUGUGGGUGUGUGUGUGUAUGUGGAAGCUCUAAUGCAUGCUACGAUUAUUACCAUAUGUCUAACUGCUGCCAUAGUCAUCCAAGUUUAGAGGGCCACCAUGUUACUGUGCCCAAAUGUCAAAUGACUGCUAUGCUUUUGUGAUCCUUUGUGACCCCAAGUGUCUUGAACAAGACUACUGUGGAGGUCAGACAAUAACAUCUCCUAUCAAUUUGUACCCUGUCCCACAUCAGCAAAUAUAUGUGAACCGUCCAGAAAAACAAUUGUGUAAGAUAAGAGAUAACUUUUGAAAUGUGAUUCCUCAGAGUUAUCCUCAAUACUGACUACUUAAAGAGAAAGAGAUCAUUCAGCAAAAAAAAUGUGAUGACUUUUUGUAUGUCUUGAAAAAGUUAUGGCCUUUCAAGGUUUGAAAACAAAACAAAACAAAACAAAACAAAAAAAAUCAAUAAAUUCUCUAAUGUAAUUUUGUUCUGGUUUGUGUUUUCAGAGAAGGGCAAGGGGGGUGGGGGGGGGGGGUUCAAAUCUACAGUAGCCGUUAGAAGCAUUUAACCCGGUAAAGUGCAUUAUGGGAAAAGUCAGCACCAGCUCUCCUCUGCUUGCCCGGUGUUAAUGUUUUGGCCAGAGAGAGCAGCAGACCGUGCCAGGAGGCAGUGGACAGGCCAGUGCACUGGAGGGGAGAUGCUGGCGAGCAGAACAUAUGGCCCGGAGAGGGGGAGGGGGGGAACUGCUUCCAACCCUCCUCUACACUCCAAUCUCUCACUUCCUCCUCUCUCAGCUGCUCAAUGGAGGCUGUACACAAACUGGAAAAGAGGGAGAGAUAGAGAGAUUGAGAGAGGUGGUAGUUGGUUACACAAAGGAAGAUGGCACCUGGUAGGUCAGGUUCAGGAGGUUUGGCUAAGGGGGCAUGGAGAGGAGAACUCUCCAGUAGAACCCCAGCCUUAGGCAGGUGGAAUUGUGGGUAAAAUGAUGAACAAAAGCAGGUGAUGCUGAUGUCGCAACAAGAGUUUGGAUAUGUAGAGUAAUCUUAACAAAAAACGUCUCCUCCUUUCUCUCUCUCUCUCUUUGGAUAUGUAGAGUAAUCUUAACAAAAAACGUCUCCUCCUUUCUCUUUCUCUCUCUCUCUCUCUGUCCUCCUCUCCUCCCCUCCCUCAUCCACUGAUGUCUCCAUCAUCUCCUCCAUUUUAACCCAAUAAAAACAACAGUAAGCGAUACUCUU